AUGAACAAAAAAUUGGUGCAUGGUGCAGUUUUCAAGUACCAAGGGCUUCACAAUGUGUAUAAAGCAAAUUUGUCUGACUUCCAAAAUUGCAAACCAGGUUCUAAUGAUGAACCCCUCAAUUCUGGAAAUGAUGUGAUUGAGCUGACAUCUCCUGGGAAGAGAUGGUACUUUUGUGGAGUAAAAUAUCACUGUCAACUUGGAAUGAAGGUUGCCAUUAACGUUCUACCAGAAGUGGGAUCUCCUUCUACUGCACCUUCAGGUUCCCCUGGCUCGUCAGCUGCUUCUGGGAUAAUUAGUCCUUCCAAAUUUGUUGCUUCGAUUGUUUUCCCAAUUUCCGUGUUCUUGAUGAUCAUCGCCUAA